UCUACUCUCGGCCAACCAGUGGUGGUAGUCCUCUCCCCUGAACAAACCACCACUCGCACAUCACAAAGAUUCAGGCACGGAGCCCAAUCCAACAAUGGCAGACUUCUCCUCAUCCCACCACCACUCUCUCCUCAAGAUCCCUGCGGCCUUCACCACCGUUGAUAGCUCCACCCCUAACCUCUCAAGCUUCUUGCUUUACAACCAGACCAGCCAUGGCCAAUCUCCAUCAACUCCAAAUACAAGUGCAGUCAUGCAGGAGGAUGCCUCACUGGAGAGCUCCUCUGCUGUUCUUGACUCUCAGCAGGGCAGCGCAUCUGUGGAGAGGAAGAGGAAGGCCACAGAUGAAAGUGCCACACUUAGCUCUGCUCACUCCAAGGACUGCAAGGAUGGCAAGAGUAGGAGAGGGAAGAGGGAGAAAAGCAGCAGUGACCAGGACCAGGAGGAGGCACCCAAGGGGUACAUCCAUGUGAGGGCAAGGAGAGGGCAGGCAACAGAUAGCCACAGCCUUGCAGAGCGGGUGAGGAGGGAGAGGAUCAGUGAGAGGAUGAGGUUGCUGCAAACACUGGUCCCUGGCUGUGACAAGGUCACUGGAAAGGCACUCGUUUUGGAUGAGAUCAUCAAUUAUGUGCAGUCCCUACAAAACCAAGUUGAGUUCCUUUCUAUGAGGAUUGCCUCCAUGAGCCCAGUGCUGUAUGGCUUUGGACUGGACGGUGAUGGCCUCCAUGACCAGACACAAAAGAUUGGAGGCAUGUUCCAGGAAGCCCUCCCAGUGCCUGCUCCAGUGAUGAACCAAGCUAGCCCUGCUGCAUCUCAAGCAGUCAUUGACACCACGUCCUACCCACUGCAAAGCCAUGGGGGCAUCUCUUUCUCCCAGUCUCAGGACAAUGGAAGUUACCUGAUGCAAUCAGUGGGGGAGCAAAGACAGGAGCUGCUCAAUCAAUUGGUGUUCAGCAACAUGUGCUCUUUCCAGUAGAGGAAGAGAGAAAACAAGAGAAGGAGCCCACAUUGACAAUAGGCGGAAAUAAUGCUGCAAGAUUGGUAGGAGCAGCAGAUGAGUUUGUGAUGUUGGAUCUAGUGAUCCAUCCCCUUGUCUGGAUGCAGCAGUCUACAGCAAGUAGAGUUUGCUUGCUAUGCUACACAUUUUCAGAGACCAGUAAUAUCUGUAGCAAGCAGCACCUUAAUUGAUUAGACAUUGUCUCUGAGUAUUUAAUUAUUUCAUCAAUGGAUUCACUGUCACCACCAUAUAUAAAUAUGUUGUGAACUUUGAGCAAUCAGUGUUGUUAAUAUAAAA